GCCGGCGGCCGUGAGGGGCGGGCUCUCGGUGCUGCGGCCGGCAGGCAGCGAUGGCGGCCGUGCGGGGCCUGCGGGUGUCGGUGAAGGCAGAGGCCCCGGCGGGGCCGGCCCUCGGGCUCCCGUCCCCUGAGGCGGAGUCCGGCGUAGACCGUGGCGAGCCGGAGCCCAUGGAGGUGGAGGAGGGCGAGCUGGAGAUCGUGCCGGUGCGGCGCUCGCUGAAGGAAUUGAUCCCGGACACAAGCAGAAGAUACGAAAACAAGGCUGGCAGCUUCAUCACCGGGAUUGAUGUCACCUCCAAGGAAGCAAUUGAAAAGAAAGAACAGCGAGCCAAGCGCUUCCAUUUUCGAUCAGAAGUAAACCUUGCCCAAAGAAAUGUAGCCUUGGACCGAGACAUGAUGAAGAAAGCAAUCCCCAAAGUGAGACUGGAGACAAUCUAUAUUUGUGGAGUAGAUGAGAUGAGCACCCAGGAUGUCUUUUCCUAUUUUAAAGAAUACCCUCCAGCUCACAUCGAAUGGUUGGAUGAUACCUCCUGUAAUGUAGUUUGGCUGGAUGAAAUGACAGCUACACGAGCCCUUAUCAAUAUGAGCUCUCUGCCUGCACAGGAUAAGAUAAGAAGCAGGGAUGCCAGUGAGGACAAGGCAUCUGAGAAAAGUAAAAAAGACAAGCAGGAAGACAGUUCAGAUGAUGAUGAAGCUGAAGAAGGAGAGGUUGAAGACGAGAACGCAAGUGAUGUAGAGUUGGACACGUUGUCUCAGGUAGAAGAGGAGUCUUUGUUAAGAAACGAUCUUCGUCCAGCUAACAAACUUGCUAAAGGAAAUAGGUUAUUCAUGAGAUUUGCCACAAAAGAUGACAAAAAGGAACUUGGAGCAGCCAGAAGAAGUCAGUAUUACAUGAAAUACGGGAAUCCAAAUUACGGAGGCAUGAAAGGAAUUCUUAGCAAUUCAUGGAAGCGAAGAUAUCAUUCCCGUCGUAUUCAGCGGGACGUGAUCAAGAAGAGAGCCCUGAUUGGGGAUGACGUUGGCUUGACGUCGUAUAAACAUCGGCAUUCUGGUAGUUGCCUGCUCAGCUCUUGGGAAAGACUAGUGAAUGUGCCUGAGGAACCCAUUGAAGAGGAGGAGGAGGAGGAGGAAGAGGAGGAGGAGGAGGAGGAGGAAGACCAGGACAUGGAUGCAGAUGACAGAGUGGUGGUGGAGUACCACGAGGAGCUCCCGGCUCUCAAGCAGUCCCGAGAGCGGAGCGCAUCCAGACGGUCCAGUGCCAGCAGCUCGGACUCAGACGAAAUGGACUAUGAUCUGGAACUUAAAAUGAUUUCCACUCCUUCCCCAAAGAAGAGCAUGAAAAUGACUAUGUAUGCUGAUGAAGUGGAAUCUCAGUUGAAAAACAUUAGGAACUCCAUGAGGGCAGAUAGUGUAUCUUCAAGCAAUAUCAAAAACCGAAUUGGUAACAAACCACCACCUGAGAAAUUUGCAGAUGUCCGACAUCUAUUAGAUGAAAAACGCCAGCACUCGCGUCCACGGCCACCAGUCAGCAACACUAAAUCAGAUAUACGCCAGCGGUUAGGAAAAAGACCGUAUUCUCCAGAAAAGGCUUUUAGUAGUAACCCAGUGGUUCGGAGAGAGCCCUCUUCUGAUGUUCAUAGCAGGCUAGGCGUUCCCAGGCAAGAUAUUAAAGGCCUCUACGCCGAUACUCGGGAGAGGAAAUCAGGUAAUUUAUGGACUCGCUUAGGAUCUGCACCCAAGACCAAAGAAAAGAAUACGAAGAAAGGGGAUCACAGGCCACCUGGCGCCGAGGAAGACGACUCCGAGCUGCAAAGGGCGUGGGGGGCUCUGAUUAAGGAGAAAGAGCAGUCUCGCCAAAAGAAGAGCCGCUGUUACCAGCACCCUUUUCCCAAGAAAAGUCAAUUCCCAGGUGCUUAUUGGACAUCCUUCGAGGGGGAAGAUGAGGGAAGCGGCCAGCUCACCCUUCCGGGGCCCUAGUGUGGGGGCGAAUCUCAUGGACCUGACCUCAGAGGUGCACCAGUGCCGCCAGGUAGAUAAGAGACGCAGCAUUGAUUGUGCUUCCGUUCCACCCUCGGGAUUGCUCAUGUUACAGGCCUCUUACUUGCUGUCAGCCUGAUGUGAAGAUCAAGUUCAGUGCUAUGGGAUUUUUAGGAACAAAAACCUGUGACUUCUGGAUUUGGGGUUGAUUUUUGUGCUAGGGGUGGGAUUAUGGGUUAAUGUUGAACAAUUUAUAAGUCUGUAUUACGUUUAAAACACGAAUGAUUUAAAAGUUUAAAUUUUUAAUUUUUAUAUGUGGAAAUUCUUCCUGUUGGCUAAAGGGGAAGCUCAAGUGGUGUCUCCUUUUGUUCUGUUAAAUAUAUAUUCUAUUCUUUGGAAGAAGGCAGAGAGGAGUCUUCUUAUUUUUAAAUGCUCCUAAUUGUAUAGUCUGUCUGUUGUACAUAGAGUUCAGCUUGCGUUUUGGCUACAGCAGGGAAAAAACUCCAUCCAUCCGAGAUGGGGUCCUGUUGUUUAUUAUCACUCUAGAAGUUAUACAUUGAUAUUUAUUCUUCCUGUCCCCCAGUUGUGGCACCCGAAGACUUCUUCAAAAUUGGCAGAUAAUAGUUAUAAAAAUUUUAGUUCGUGUAUUUUUAAACUCCUUUCAGAUUAUUUUUCCAUGAGGAGGAGGUAGAUUAUUUCGUCUUCCUGUCUGCUUUUUGUUUGGUAGUAUUUAAUUUUGGACUCCUCUGCAGUUUUAGGAAAUGGUGUUUGGCCUCGGUUUGCUGGACCAUGGGAGGCAGAGACGGUGAUAAGCCUGGUCGUGUUUGCGACAUCUCAGCUCUUAGCUGCCUGGGCUGUUCUGCACGUGGUGCAGCCGGGAUCCUGUCAGCCCUUGCUUGGCUGAGCUACUGGUCACACUGAUAGUUGAUUACUGUGGCGCGAAUGAAUGCCGCGCACUGUUGGUGAUAAAGGAAGUAAAGGGCUGUAAGAUUGGAGAGCUGCA